AGAAACUGUCAGCUGUGCCUGUAUGCAACCGCAUUUCCAAUAGACAGCCUUUGGUUUUGUAAUUUCUUAUUUUCUCUAAUAAAACUUAAAUAAAAAUAGUGUGCCAGCAUGCCUUUCAUGAAGGGACGCGCGCCCAUACGGCGUACCAUUGAAUAUUUGAAUGCCGGCCGGCUUGUGCUCAAAGAAAAAGUUAAAAUCUUUAGCGUGAACUACAAUGUGUAUGGUGAUCACCACAAAGGUGCCAGAGACUUUGUGUUUUGGAAUUUGGGUCAAAUACAGUAUAAGAAUCCAAAUGUACAAGUGGUGACAUUUAAGAACUUGACGCCUUCUCCGUUUGUGCGCUGCUACUUUGAGGACGGAAGGGAUAUGCUUAUCGAUAUAGAUAGCCGGGAUCGUGAAGAAAUUAUAGAACAUCUCUGCAAAGUUGUUGGCAAGUCAAAGGCCCAAUUGGACGCAGAGGCACAUUUAGCGGAGAGUAAAGACAAUCCUGCCAACUUUGGUUAUGGCUGCGAUAGACAUUGCAUUUGUGAGAUACCCGGUCAAGUGCCAUGCCCUGGCACUGUUAAAUUGCCCGAUCAUCUGCGUGGCAAGCACAUAUUUGCGCCGAAGUAAUCAGAGAAAAAACACACAUAUAAAGUUACAAUGUUUACAAAUAAAUCACUUUAUUUGGCUUAAGUCUCUGAACACAAUAUUUGAUAAGUAUACGGAUGGAUAGCGCGCAUAUGAGUACAAUUAUAAAUACUUGAUGAAAUUGAUGAAAGUCCAGAUACAUUGUUCCACUAUACAAAAUAAACACUAAACACAAUUUGUCAAUACUCUA